UUAUUAAUGCUGUGCCAAACUAGUUUCUAGUUGUCUUUAAAGCUCUCCAACUGGAUUUUUCGUAGCUACUUUAGUCGCUGUUUCUGUUUGCAACUUGUCCAUCUUCACAUGUUCUCAUCUGCAAGUAUAAUUUGAAGUGACACGCUAAUUGAAAUAGCACAAUUGUCCUAACUGUUAAAGUUUGUGGGUGACGAAUAAUUUUUCGUCUUCUUCACACAGUUAUGUUUAUUGUUAUUGGCUAUUUCAAUGAGGUACGAUGCCCGAAGAAGGUGUCCGUGACAUGACAAGUCUCACGGUGCUAGACGAGGCCAUCAUCAACAAGAAUCUCAAAGUCCGUUACAAAAAAGACAACAUUUAUACAUACACAGGAUCGAUUCUUGUAGCUGUGAACCCUUACAAGGACAUUGACAUCUAUUCUCAGAAUUACGUAAAUAGAUACCAUGGACGUAAAUUGAGCGAAUUGGAGCCGCAUGUGUUUGCAUUAGCUGAAGCAUCGUAUGCGUCCUUGCAGACUUGCCUUCCAGCCCUAGACAGAUCUCACAAGAACCAAAGUUUAGUGAUAAGUGGCGAAAGUGGAGCGGGUAAAACGGAGACCACCCGGUUUAUCCUGCAGUAUUUGUGCUCUGUAACUUCCGGAGUGUCUGCCUGGGUCGAGCAGCAGAUUUUAGAAGCCAACACCAUACUAGAAGCUUUUGGCAAUGCCAAGACAGUCCGGAACGAUAACUCGAGUCGAUUUGGCAAAUUUAUGCAGGUGUGCUUCGAUUCCAGGUGGAUGAUAGCAGGCUGCAUUGUACAGGAUUAUCUUUUAGAGCAAUCUCGAAUCACUUUCCAAGGGUCGGGCGAGCGGAAUUAUCAUGUGUUUUACCAGCUGGUGGAGGAAGCCAAGCAUAACAAUGAGUUAGCCAGUCAGCUUCACUUGAGACAUGCGAAAUUUUACAACUACUUAAACCAGUCGGAAAACAUCAAACUGGACACGGAUGCGAGAGGUUUGGACAAUCUCAGAUUGGCGUUUCAAGUCCUUCAAGUACCUGCCAACAUGUGCAAUGGAAUAUUCCAGACUCUUUCCGCCAUCCUUUGGUUGGGCAAUUUAUCGUUUGAGGAUGUGGAUGGGGAAAGAUCGCAACUCACCAAAGAUGAUGAAGGCAUUCUGGAAAUUUUAUCCAAACUGCUUGGUUUGGAAAUCCAGAGUAUCCGUCAAGUAGUGCUGUUAAGACAAAUAAAUGUCCGGGGAAAUAUUACGGAGAUUCCGCUUACAAAACAGCAGGCUGGAGAAAACCGUCACGCAAUGGCCAAAGCUUUAUACUCCCGAACGUUUGCUUGGUUGAUCAAUCACAUCAACAACUGCAUCAAUCCAGGUCAAGACUCUUCCCGAUUUUUAGGCGUGCUUGAUAUUUUCGGAUUUGAAAAUUUCGCCGUUAACUCGUUCGAGCAGUUGUGUAUUAACUACACCAACGAGAAAUUGCACAAGUUUUUCAAUCAUUACGUUUUCGCACUGGAACAGGAUAUUUAUCAACAAGAAGAAAUAAGCUUUAAUCAUAUUGCCUUUACGGACAAUACGUUAUGUUUAGAAUUAUUGGAGAAACCGCCUAGAUGUAUUUUAAGACUGCUGAGUGAACAAUGUCACCUACCCAGAGGUUGUGAUGCUUCGUAUAUUUCCAAUUUGCAUGCAGAAUUCGAGAAUAAUGAGAGAUAUGUUAAAGGUGACGACCGUAGGAGAUGGGAGACUGAAUUCGGUGUUAAACACUAUGCAGGCUGUGUAACGUAUAAUGUCAAGGGAUUUGUCGAUAAAAACCGCGACGUUCAGCAGGACGUUUUCUUCGAUAUCAUUUCUAGAAGUACCAAUGAAUUCGUGCAGGAUUUAUCCACGUUUCAAGAUCUAGCACAGAAAACGCAAACCACUAACGGAGUGGGCACGGUUUCACGAGGAACCAGCAAAGGAAAACCCACAGUGUCGGAUACAUUCAGGCAUCAAUUGCAAGCUCUGGUUGAUGUGCUCCAGUCGACCACCCCCUGGUAUGUAAGGUGUAUCAAGCCAAACAAAGACAAACUUCCAAACGACUAUGAUGACGCUUUAGUCCUGGACCAAUUAAAGUAUUUAGGAAUGUUAGAUAUUAUUAGAAUUAGAAAGGAAGGAUUUCCGAUUCAUAUGAAUUACGAAGACUUUGUUAUAAGGUAUCACUGUCUGUCCAAAAAUCGCUUGCCUCCGGACGUUCAGAAGGCGUCGCUCUGUCUAAUAGAAAGCUACCGGCUUCCUAAGACAGAAUGGCAAUUGGGCAAAACGAAAGUCUUUAUGCGAUCUCACAUUCACGAACCACUGGAGGACACCAGAAAUAAAAUGAUUAAGGCCAAAACCGUUCUUAUCCAGAAAACAUGGCGAAAAUAUAAAGCUAGGAAAGAAUAUGUGAAAAUCCGGGACGCCAUCCUGAAAAUCCAGCAUGCUUACAAAGGGUGGAAACUACGGAUAGAUUUUUUGAAAAAAAGAAGAGCCGCCGUUGUAAUACAAAGCCACUUGAGGGGUGUAUUCGCCAGAGAAGUGGCAGCCGCUCUAAGAGAAAUGCGACGAGUAGAGGAAGAAAUGCGCAAACGAGAACGCCUAGAAGAAGAAAGAAAGCAGCGAGAGGCUGAACGGGACGCGGAAGCGGCAAGGCUGAAUAGAGAAAAAGAGCUGGAGUCCGAAGAAAUGGAAGCACUGCCGCCCCCGCCCAUCCCCAUCUCAUUACAAAACGGCGAUCUAGAGCAAAGCGAAAGAGCCGCCGAGCAAGAAAUAGCAGAGCUUUCUCAUAUGGCAGAACAGCUUAAGCCACAUAUCAAUGAAAACGCCACCGAAUCUGUCGAUCUGGACAACUUGUUUGCGUUCCUCUCGGAUGUUGCACCUCAAGCCAACGGCCGCACCAACAUAAUAGAUGAGAUUGGGGAAAAAAUGAAUGAGCUAGUGGAAGACUUGGACGUCGAAUUAGAAACAGUGAUACAGCAAGAGUUAGAAGGUCUUGCACAAGAACAGCUGACUCCAGUGCUUCCAAAAAUGGGCCUGCCGAGUCUUCCAGAGCCAACCGGGCCUCCACCGCCCCCGCCUCCAGCCUUCCAAUCGUCUCCAGAGACGCCGAUAGCUCCUCCUCCUAUAGAAAUUCCUCCUAAAGAAGGAAGAAAAUCAAGAGACGAGCCCAUCUACGAAUCGGUCUUGCCUAGAGAAGAUUCAAUGCUUCCAUUGUGCGUUUCACCUCCUCCAUUGCCAGCGCCUCCCAAAUUGCCUUCUGAAAGUCCUCGACCCACACCGACAGUGUCCCGAUCCAGCAGUUCUUUGUCGCAGCAUUGGAAACACAACAAUCACGAGAUUCCAGUUCAGCAGCUGCAUCAGAACAACAAUCAGAUCACGCAGCAAUACCAGCAGCAGCAGGUGGACAAAUUGCAUCAAAUUGCCAGCAGUGAAAGGGAGCAGAGAAGGAAAUUCAGAGUCGAGAAGAAGUUGCAGGAAUUGAGCGAAAACAGCGAGAAGGAAAACCAUUUGGACGAAUUGCACUAUGACAUGGUUGAAUUUGCUAAUCAGCACUUCAAUGCUCACGAGAGAAGUCCUGAAGGUACGAUUAUGGCAACGCUAACGAGGAAAAGGCAAAGUUCUGAAAUGAUCCCCAAAUACGAAAUGGUCACUUUUUACAAAGGAAACACAAUCCCCAAUUCCCACAUGCAUUUAUAUGAUCCAGAUAACGUUAAUGUAGCUUGUACUAUUUUUAGAGAUUUAUGUAAAUAUAUUCGGGGUGAGCUUAACACGGACAGGGAACUUUCGGUUAUCCAGUCAAUAAUUGGGUUUGCGCUGGAACGGGAAGAGCUUCGAGACGAAGUGUUUGUGCAGUGCAUCAGACAGGCCACAAAUAAUCCGAAUACCGACUCGGCCGAGCGUGUUUGGCUUUUGUUGUGCCUCUGUGUUGUUUCGUUCCAGCCAUCGAAAUUGCUGUACAGAUAUUUUAUCUCGUUUUUGAAGAAAAACCUCACGCAAGAUGGCAAAGUUGCUCAGUAUGUUCAAUGGUGUUUGGACAAUUGCAAUAAUAACAAAAUUACUGUUCGAGAACAUUCUCCCUCGUCGGUUGAAGUAGCAGCAAUGAAAAGAUUAGGAACGAUUGUUUGUCGGUUCUUUUUCUUGGAUGGUCGUACGAAGGCAAUCGAUGUUCAUCCUACAGAUACGGCCCAAGACGCCGCUAGGAAACUAGCAGAACGAUUGGGGCUCAGAAAUUUGGAAGGAUGGGCCAUCUAUCAGAACAGACCGGAUGGCGAGGAGCACGUUCGAGCUCACCAUUACUUGUAUGAUAUAAUUGCGCAAUGGGAACAGAAUCAAAAUAAACUGACUCCUCCAAGCGGCUUAGCGACCUUAGGGAGACGAAGCGCGCCGGGUCUAAGUGGCGGCGAAAAUCGAUUCAUUUUUAGACGAAGACUUUUUAAAGCCACUCGCGUGCUUAGUCAAGAUCCAGUCGAAGUGAAUCUAUUAUAUGCUCAAGCCGUUCAUAGUGUAGUUAAGCGAGAUGAUUUUCCAGUUACCGAAAAAGUAGCAUUGCAAUUAGCUGGAUUGCAGGCACAAGUAGCAUUAGGCAAUCCGAAAGACGACAGCAAACUGGAGUAUUACACUGAUAUAGACACCUAUUUGCCUUAUCGCAUAUCAAAAACCCGUGGAGAUGAUGUGUGGGUGCCAAUUAUUGCUCAAGCUCACCGCCAAUAUGGAGCAAACCGUUUAGAACUGACUGCAAAAGCUCUCUACCUCACCUGCGUCAUGCAGUAUCCUCUGUAUGGCACUACGAUGUUCCCUGUUACCUAUAGAGGCUACUGGUCGUAUGGAAAUGCUUUAAUUUUAGGUGUAAACUGUGAUGGAGUAAUGCUGAUCAAAAACGACGACAAAUUUGUAUUGAACGAGUUCCGGUAUCAGGAUAUCGAAAGCAUUCUUCUCGAUCCCAGCGACAGUUUCAUAACGAUCACUCUUCAACGAUCAGUGGGGGAAAACAAUCAUAAAUGUUACGUGUUUGAAACCAAGCAGAAAAACGAAAUCGGCUCCUUGAUCGCCAGCUAUUAUCCAGCUCUGGCCGGAUGGAUGACUGAAAGUGAAGCGCCGCAAAAACGAGUGAAAAGUAUAACAAAUGAGGACAGAGUGCGGCUCUAUCACAACCUGGUUAACUGUCGUCGGUCCUUAGUGGAUCACGACAUACUGAGAAAACCCACCGAUUCAUCGGGGAGUUUUCUGAGAAACACUCUGCGCAGAUUAAGCAAGCAUAAGCUGGACAAGCUCAGGCAAGAGCAUGGAGGUGACACAAGCGAAACGUAUAAAGGCUUCCACCAUGCUUUCUGGGCGUUUAGCAAACAGCCAUUGCUUCAGAGCAUCAGCAAAAUGCCCGAGGCCGAAGAACAAGUAAUGCUUCAAGUGUUCCAAAUCAUUCUCACUUACGCUGGCCUUGGACAGAACGGCGAAAUCAUCAGAAGAGUUGAAGACGAGCACGUUUCCCUCCUGCAAACCAUCUUGGAAAGAUGCAUGCGCAAAGAGUCACUGCUGUGUGAACUGUAUCUGCAACUGAUCAAGCAAACCACUGAUCAUCCAGAUCCGAACUCCAGGGUGAAUCUCCGGCAUUGGGCUCUGUUAUCGUUGUCCUGUUCGGUUGUGUUGCCCCCUAACAAAGUCAUCAGGCGCUAUUUGAUAGGGCAUCUAAAAAGAUGUAGUUCUGACUAUGUAACUGAAGAAGGAAAGUAUGCAAGGUUUGCAGAAAAGUGCCUAUUAAAAACCCAAAGCACUAGACGCAGACAAUGGCCCCCAUCGCGAGAAGAAAUUCUCUGUACGAUCAAUCGUCGGCCAGUCUAUGCCAGGUUCCAUUUCAUGGAUGGUCAAUAUCAUAGCGUCGAAUUCAACCCAUCAGCAACGGCGAAUGAUGUGUUGGAAGUGGUUCGAGAUAAAAUCGGCCUUACUGAAGAGGCCAAAGGUUAUGCCAUAUACGAAGUGUUGGGGAACUCUGAACGGAGCCUGUCUGCUGAGGAAAAGGUGGCCGAUGUGAUGGCAAAGUGGGAACGAUACAGAGCCGCUUCAACAGCGAAUCAGACUACUACCACGGGGACGGCAAAAAAAGUGCGCCCGCAGCAUCAUUUCUUCCUGUUCAAGAAGCAUCUGUUCAUGGAUAAUUACAUCAAUUUAAACGAUCCAGUUGAAAAGGAGUUGUUAUAUCACCAAGUCUUGCACGAUUUGCGCACGGAUCGGUUUCCCAUUACGGAGAAAGAAGCUAUGAUGUUGACUGCCCUGCAAGCACAAUUGGAGUUGGGCGAUUUUGACGAAACAAUUCACGAUUACCGGCCGAUUUCUUGUCAUUGUCUGCCGGCUCGAAUGGUGCCUACAGUGCCUCAGGAUGGAGUGCAGAUGCACCAUCAAAGUCUCCGAGGCAUGACGCCCUCAGAAGCAAAGCAAGCGUUUUUGAAUCUGAUCCAGAGUUGGCCGUUGCAUAAAGCCACAAUCUUCGACGUUAUGCAAUCAUUCACCUCAAAUUGGCCGCGAGUUUUAUGGCUAGCAGUCGACCAAAAGGGCCUUCACUUGCUUGAACAUCGAUCGAGAAAUACGCUUUGCACAUACGACUAUAACAGCAUUUUGUCCUAUUCGCCAGCCUUGCAAUGUUUGAUGAUUAUCACUGGCAGCGAUCACAAGCAAAGCAAAGUGAUCCUAACUACUGCUCAGGCAUUCCAGAUAGCUACUUUGGUUAGGGAGUAUAUGGAAGUUUUGCAUGAAAAUAUGGUUGAGAUGCGAAAAGUGGAGCAAACAAGAAGCAGACCUGUUAGUGCAAUACAUCCGCAUGCUCCGUUGGUGCCGCCGCAACCCAGCUAGAAGAGGGUCACAUUCGCAGACGACGUCAUCAGAACUAGCUGCUACUAAGUUGGUCAAAUGGCCAGUUUUGCUUGGCAAAGUUUGAUAACAUAUUUCCCAUUUAAAUACGCAAUUUUUUUAUGUUUGAUUCAUAUUGUUCCGCAACCAAUUGGCUUCAAUAACUCGCAACGGCAGACAACACAUUGCUAAGCAAAUACUGCCGGUUUAAAGUAUUUUGUAAAUCACUGCCAAAUGCCACAACGAUACUACUGCCAUAAAGAGAUUAUAAUAAUGCAUUUCAACCUUCCAAAUGGUAUAAGGGGAUCAAUUUAUGUGAUCAUGCGAUCAAUUGCACAUCGGUUUUUAUUAUUUUCAGCUCAUAAUCGAAUGUUUUAAAACCAUUUAUAAAAAAACAUAGAAAAACCCUUAAUAUUACUGGUAUUGAUUGUUUCGCCUCGUCGAAAAAUCGUCUCAAGAAAGAUUUAAUUUUUAAUGUUAUUAAAUUUUACCAAGCGAUACUUGCAGUUGUCUGCGAACACAAUAUUGUUAAGGUAUAGAGUAAUUGAGAGAUAGUCGUUGGUUGAGGCUUUCAACGGUCAAAGGAUGCUUGCUCUUUAAUCAACCAACUGAUCUGAUCUUUACAAAAACCUUUAGUUGGUUUGCUUUUAGUGAAUCCUAAAGUAUUAAACUAUUUCUUCGUGAACGAUCACGUGCAAACAAGUUUUCUGAGCAAGUUACCAAGUCAUUUGAGAGUACAGGAAAAAGGUCCACAGAAAUAAAACAUCAGUGUUUUUGAACAAAUUCCAUGGCCAAUCUUAUACAAAUUUAGGUGGUAAAUUGGAUUUUCAAGAAACUGUUUUUUGCUUUGGCAGGUUCUAAUUGGUUGGUUUUCUAUUUAUUUACCAUGUUAAUUGAGGUAUUUUCAUGGAAGUAUCGCAAAACGAUUGAAUGAACAAUAGAAAAUUCAGCUAUUUUACUUACUGUGCAAUGAUUUCGACUGCUUGAAAUAAAAUCAUUGUACAUUGUAAGAAGGUGAUUGAAUGUUAGUCUACCUAGAUUGAUUACUUGUAAAAAGACUGAAUAGCCCAAAUGUUACUUUCAAGAACAGUUGGUUUGUCCUGUGAAAUGCAGGAAGGAGUUAACAACUCAAUUUCCCCUAUCUAUUAUAACUGUUGUUCAAAUGAUUGCACUUUUUAUCGCCUGAAAUAUGGUAAACCUUUUGAACAGCAAUUUCAUAAUAAACCAAUUUUCACGAAAAACCAAAUUCUCUGGUUCUCAAGUUAACCGAUAAACUUAAAUAUUCAAAUAGAAUAUAACAUUGUUUGACUUUAGUAAUAAUAAUAAUAUUAAUAUACAAAAUGUUAACGCAACCUAGUCAAAUGUACAUAUUAUAUGCGAUACAAAGUUUUAUUAUUGUACAGAUGUUAUAUUGUGUACGCACAUUGUUUUACUGUACCCAGUUUUUUUGUGUAGUUCAACUUUCAGUAAUUUGUGAUAAAUUGUAGGUAAAUUUAAUAAUAGAAAAACGAUCAGAUGUUCGAGUUAGAAAGCUACCGGGACAAUGCAAAUAAUAGCCUUGCGUCUGAUUCAAGAUAUCGCAUAAUUAAUUAAUUUUUGCAUACAUUUUUUGAACAGAGGUUUUCUAUUGUUAAAUUUCGUUAGGACUCAUUUUGUAUAUGUUUUUAUACUUGCUUAUUAAGUUAUAUUGCUUUGUGUCUAAAUAUUUAUACUUAUAAGUGUGAGAAUAAAAUGGCUCAUUAACAAA